AUGACAACUCCCUACAUAUAUUGGUUAAAAGAAUCAGCAGCAGUUUAGGAAUAUAGUGUUGUAGGUAUAAUUGAUGGUUCAGGAUCAAUGUGUGAAGCUUGGAAUGACUUAUGUAAAGCAUGGAAUUACUUUGUGACUGGAUUCAAAAGUGUUUAUUGUAUAUAGUAUGAUGACACAGCAAUACUAUAAGAAAGUCCAUAAUUAACUACUUAAAAAGGUGAAGGGACAAACAUAGAACUAGGAUUUAAAGAAUUAAUAAAGUUAAUAAAAUCUGGUAAUUUAUUGCAAAAUAUUCUCAUCGUUUUUGUAACUGAUGGAAUUGGAGAGCAUGAUGGUAUAAAUGAGUACUUUUAGGAAAUGAGUAAGGAAUUUGAAUAACUUCAUUCUUAAGGAUAUCAAUUUAAAUUUCAUACUUUAGCUUUAGGAAAUGACUUUUCUCAUUCAGUAGCAGCUGAAUUGAAAAUGAUUAUUCAUAAUUCAGGGAUAUUAUCAUCUCAAAUAGACUUAAUAUAAAAUACAAAAAUAGAUUUUACAAAAGUAUUAUAAGACAUUAAGGAUGAAAUAUUUUAUUAAAUGAUACGUGUUGAUCCUUAAUGUUAAUUAACUACUUUUACAGGACCAGUACAUAGAGUAACACCAAAUUAAGUAUUGUUUACAACAAGUAAUUCAAUUAGAGUUGGAGGAAAAUAAAUAAAUUUAGAUAAAGAGGGUAUAACACCAGAAGCAUUGGAUAGAUUCAUUCGAUAAAUAAUGUCUAAAUUAAUGGAAUUUAAUUCAGCAGGUAAGAGUGUUAAAUAGGAGUCAAUAUAAGCAUUAUAAAUAAUUGAAAAAUUGAAAUCUAGAGUAACUUUUAAAGAUGAAGACGAUGAAAUUAAAAAAUUUAUUGAUUAAAAUAUAUAGAAAAUUGAGGAAUUUGCAAGUGGAAAUCUUAAUUUAAAUUAAUUUGAACCACUAAAAGCAGCAUAAUUUAUGCAUGAAGUAUAAGACCUAAUCAUAAGAGAUAAAAAGAAAAUGCAAAGAAUAAAGAGAAAAUCAGCUGUUCAUGCUUAAUUAACAAUGCAUCCAUAAUAGCCAAAAGUAAUCUAUUAAUUUAAUAAUAUAGUAACAAGUAAAAGAUUAUUACAAAGAAUUGGCUUUAAAAAGAUUAGAACAAUAUGAAAAGUAAUUAAAUAAUUAAGAGCUAUUUGAAGAUUUAAAAGAAUUUGCAAAAUAAAAUAAAGUCAAGACUUUAGAUUAAAUUGUUUAUUUAACUAAAACUCAUGAUUUUCAAUUGAAAAAUAUCAAAGAAUUUAUAUAAACAGAUGAAGAUACAGCCAUAGAUAUGAUAGAUUUAUUUCUAAUAUCAUUAGAUUGA